AUCAAUGACGGGACAAACACGUGGCCUCACGGUUUGUCCUGGUCCGCACCUCCGUCGAGAGAACCGGCGGGGGUUGGGGUGAUGUGUCUCAGGCUCUCCUUGGCCGACGUCGUCGUGAACGCCGGUGCAGUAGGGAGUCGAAGGAAGUCACGGGUGGAACGAAGAGUAAUCUAUUUUGUAGACAAAAAGGGAUCUGAAUUCCAAUUAUUUUCGUUCAAAUAUUAUAUAGCAUGCGUGCUUGGAUCUGAAUUCCAACGGCAAUUGCAUCAUGAUAUGAUUAUCCAGAAUUAAGGUUGGAGCAGCCAAUCUGUCUUCCUCCACGUGCUGUGACACGCUCUGAGACGCGCAACUAUCCAGCUCAGUCUCGUUGUCUAUAGGACCUCGCAUGCCGAUCGUCGAGCUCCGUCACUGCGAAGAGCCAAAGGAGGAAGAGAUCGGAUCGACUUAGAAUUCCCACCGUAAAUGGGUUCGGAGGAAGGCGGCUCCUCUUCGCCCCUCCUGCGCCGGCCCACUUUGUUCCCCAGAAGCCCCCAAAGCUCCCUCCUUUUCUGCUUCGCCCUUCUCCUCCUCGCUGCCGCCGCACUUUUCCUCUCCUCGCUCCUCUCUUCGACGCAGGAUCAUCGCCCCCCGGCCGCUCGACCCCUCGCCAAGCUCUCCCGCCCCGUCGUGCUCCUCAUCUCCUCCGAUGGAUUCCGCUUCGGUUACCAAUUCAAGGCGCCCACCCCCAACAUCCGCCGCCUCAUCGCCGGCGGCACCGAGGCCGAACAGGGCCUCAUCCCCGUCUUCCCUACCGCCACCUUCCCCAACCACUACUCCAUUGUCACCGGUCUCUACCCGGCCCACCACGGCAUCGUCUACAAUUACUUCGUCGACCCGGUGUCCGGAGAUCACUUCACGACGGGGAGCCACGAGCCUCGGUGGUGGCUCGGCGAGCCGCUCUGGGAGACCGUCGCCGCCCAGGGGUUCAACUCUGCCGCCUACUUCUGGCCGGGAUCCGAGGUGAUCAAAGGUUCGUGGACAUGCCCUGCCAAAUUUUGUCCCAAAUAUAAUGGAUCCGUGCCCUUUGAGGAAAGGGUUGAUACUGUCUUAGGGUACUUUGAUCUACCCAAAGAUGAGAUGCCUGCUUUCAUUUCGCUCUACUUUGAGGACCCGGAUUCACAAGGUCAUAUCGUCGGGCCUGAUCAUCCGGAUAUUACUAAGGCUGUAGUUCGAAUCGACGAGAUGAUAGGCAGAUUGAUCUCCGGAUUGGAGAAAAGAGGAAUCUUUGAGGAUGUGACCAUAAUUCUGGUUGGCGAUCAUGGCAUGGUCGGCAAUUGUGGUGGCAAACAGAUCUAUCUUAAUGAUUUAUCCCCAUGGAUUAAUAUCCCAGAGAGUUGGGUACAGUCGUCCAGUCCUCUGCUUGUGAUCCGACCCCCUGAGAAUGUCUCCUCCUCAGAUGUGGUGGCCAAAAUGAACAGAGGGUUGAGUUCGGGCAAAGUCAACAAUGGGGAGUAUCUGAGAGUGUACCUAAAGGAGGAUUUGCCUGAUCGACUACAUUAUUAUGCGAGUUAUAGGAUUUCACCAAUCGUUGGUUUAGUAGCUGAAGGGUAUAAAGUGGCACGGGAAAUGACAGACACUUGCGAGUGUGGAGGAGCCCAUGGCUAUGACAAUGCCUUCUUUUCUAUGAGGACCAUCUUUGUGGCCCAUGGACCACGGUUUGAGAGGGGCGCAAAGAUUCCAUCAUUUGAGAAUGUGGAGAUAUACAAUUUGGUCACAGCCAUUCUUAAGCUACAGGGUGCGCCGAAUAAUGGGUCAGCCUCAUUUCCCAAUUCUGUCCUUCUGCCAAGUUAUUGACAUGUAGGCUGUGGAAACUUGUUUGCUAAAAUGGUUAUGUGCACAGUUAAUUUAAGUUCGACCUUUAUGUAAUCACGAUGACGACCAUUCUAUCCAAUGGACAAAUUUUCAACAACUGCUGGUAUAGAGCAUAAAGAUUUUGCCAAAUAUCUUAUGGAUUCCAUGCACCAACACAAUGUCUUGGUCAGUGCCAGGAACACUGAUAAGUGAAUCCACAGAAAGUGAAAGCAAGGCUGGACUGGAUCGAUUCUACUAUACUCUUUUCUCUGAAAGGGAAGAAAUUGCACGGAUUGAGAGUGGAAAGCUGAUAUUAACAAUAAUCUCCUGAAGCAUAAACAUCCGAAAUUGCUCGAGUGUAGUUCUAAGAAUUCAUUCACCUAAUUGAAUGAGUCGAUUUUUUCAGGGUGCUCCUCAUCCUCCAUCUCUGCUUAUGGGUGAUGCAUCGAACAAACUCUACUUGAGGGAAUACGCAUCUUUCCCUGCUUCUUGGCUACGAGGUGUCUGAAGAAGCUACAGCUGCCACUGCAUAGGGAAGUCUUCUCCGGCCACUCCCUUGCACUGUACACAUGUAGAGUUGGGGAGUGGUCGCUCAUGCGCACCUGGCGCGUCUUGCAAAACACCAUUCUCUACUGAAGAACAGGUUCUUUUUCCAAGUCAAAUUUGUGCUCUUUAGUGUUGCUGUUUCUUUACAAGCCAAAGAUGCUUAUGGAACAACUGCAUAGAUUAUGUCUCAAUUCAUUCCUUUCUCUUAUAAUUCUCUUUGUCAUGCUAAAAUAAGUUGAUAUGGAUGGUCAGUUUGCCAAAGCCUGCAUCUUUGUAGCUUUGAACAGUGAUAGAGAAGGAAACUUUUGUAAUAUCAUCUUAAAACCAUGGUUAUGUAGAACAUUCACUUGACAAA